AUGGAGUCAAGCACAAGGUGUCUACUGCGUAUCAAGGCGCUUGAGUACAAGGCGCUUUGGGCUAUCAAGUUGCUGAACUUGGAUAUUGAUACAGCCAAGGCCAAGAGGACCCUUGAUCUACAUGAGUUGGAAGAAAUCAGACUUGAUGCCUAUGAGAGUUCAAAGAUUUACAAGGAAAGAACAAAGAAUUUUCAUGAUAAGAAAAUUGUUGUCAAGGAGCUCAAGGCUGGGGAUCAGGAAGUUCUGUCAUUCGGAGCCAUUACUCUUCUGAACAAGGAUAGUAGCGAAUUCAAUAUAAAUGGUCAGAGAGUCAAGAAAUAUUUAGCUGAUCAAGUCCGACCAGAGGGGUCUUCUGUGCUCUUCUAUGAACCCAGAAAAGCAUAA